ACCAACUAUCAACACCCUCCGCCGCCCGUUCAACUGGAAUCCCCGGUACCACUGUGCAUGGUCGUGCCCGCGCCAUAGCAUCAACCUCGGCCUCCGCCAUCUCCUUCUGUAGCGCACCGCAGCCCAUGUCGGGAGUGCUCCUCCGACGGCCGCAAACCAUUGCGCGCUCGUCUCGACAGCUCCUCGAGGCUGCUUCAUUAUCGCGCGCGCUAGCUCAACGACCUGCGUCGCUUCCUCGGCCGUUAUACGCAUAUGCUCGAAGUCGACAGUAUUCAACAGAGAAGGACAAGGAUGGCAAACACGUUGAGGGCAAGCCGGGCGCCUCACCCAAGGGCAUUGAGGACCUGUACUCACAGCGAUCGCCACUGUCUUCAAAUCCGCAGCCGCCACCAGGGAAAAAGCCUGAGGAACCAGAAGACGGCAAGUCCAAGUUGACUGCGGCCGAAGAGAAGGCGCUCGAGGACACCUUUGCGCUAGUGAAGAAGGGCAUGCCUGCAUCUAUGGCCGAGGACAUCGAUAAGGCUCUGCAGAAGAUCAAGAAAGAGGGUUUGCCAACAGAGUUGCGUGAGACAAUAGCUGAGGUGUCCAAGGAGGGCAUGUCUCCUGCACGUGCUGCUAAGCUGUGGCGACUCACGACGCACAUUGCGAGACAGACAGCUGAGGAUAUUGUGAACGAGAAGGACACGGAGCCCAAGCAAAAGACAUCAGAUGAGCCGGGACCGGCAGGAUCGAGUGGGCAGAAAGACGGUGGCAAGAAGAAGGGAAAACAGGAAGGCGAAAGUCCGUUCGGCAAAGUCACUGAAGUGAAGCUCGAUCUCUCGAAUUUCCUCGUCUCUGCAUUCGUCGCAUACAUGCUAUACCGACUCGUGAUGCCUACCGAGAACAGCAGAGAAAUCACCUGGCAGGAGUUCAGGAAUACUUUCUUCGACAAGGGCUUGGUUGAAAAGCUGGUCGUCGUCAAUGGCAACAGGGUUCGUGUCUAUCUUCAUCGCGACAACGUGGCAGCAAUGUAUCCGGAGUCGCCAGCUGCACAACAAGGUUUCUACUACUACUUCAGCAUCGGUUCAGUAGAGGCGUUCGAGCGACGAGUCGAUGAAGCUCAGAAUGAAUUGCGGAUACCCGGUUCAGAGAGGAUACCUAUUUCCUAUCACGAGGAGGGCAGCUGGGCGAACAUCAUCCUUGGAUUUGGACCUACGUUACUUUUCAUCGGCGCUAUCGCGUACAUGUCUCGAAGAGCUGCGUCAGGCGCGGGUGGUGGGCAAGGUGGAAUCUUUGGCAUGGGUCGCAGUCGAGCCAAGAAAUUCAACCACGAGACAGACAUCAAAGUCAAGUUUUCCGAUGUUGCCGGCAUGGACGAGGCCAAGACUGAGAUCAUGGAGUUCGUUGGUUUCCUCAAAGACCCGGCCAGGUUCCAGAAGCUCGGUGCAAAGAUUCCACGUGGUGCCAUUCUUUCUGGGCCUCCUGGAACCGGUAAAACGCUCUUAGCAAAGGCCACUGCCGGAGAAAGUGGCGUACCAUUCUUCUCCGUGUCGGGAUCUGAAUUCGUGGAAAUGUUUGUUGGUGUUGGCCCAAGUCGUGUGCGAGAUCUGUUUGCCAACGCCCGCAAAAACACACCUUGCAUCAUCUUUAUCGACGAAAUUGACGCCAUCGGAAAGGCACGUGCCAAGCAGUCUUUCGGUGGUGGCAAUGACGAGCGAGAGAGUACGCUGAACCAAAUUCUGACGGAGAUGGAUGGAUUCAACACCUCAGAACAAGUGGUUGUGCUCGCCGGUACGAACAGAGCGGAUGUUCUCGAUAAAGCGCUCAUGCGACCCGGGCGCUUUGACAGACACAUUGCCAUCGACAGGCCGACCAUGGAUGGCCGAAAGCAAAUAUUCGGGGUGCAUCUGAAGAGCAUUGUUACCAAUGAGGAUAUCGAGCACCUCAAGGGUCGUCUGGCAGCACUCACUCCGGGAUUUGCGGGUGCUGACAUCGCCAACUGUGUCAACGAAGCAGCGCUUGUUGCUGCCCGAGCUGCAGCCGACUCUGUGACUAUGCAACACUUCGAGCAGGCCAUCGAGCGUGUGAUUGGAGGUCUUGAGAAGAAGUCCCUUGUACUCACGCCCGAGGAGAAGAAGACUGUCGCUUACCACGAAGCUGGCCACGCCAUCUGUGGGUGGUACUUCCAGUGGGCCGACCCCCUUCUCAAGGUCAGCAUCAUCCCACGUGGCGCUGGAGCCCUGGGUUAUGCUCAGUACUUGCCAGGCGGAGGCAACGAUGCUGUUCUCAUGAACGUCAAGCAACUCAUGGAUCGUAUGGCCAUGACACUUGGCGGGAGAGUCAGCGAAGAAUUGCACUUCGAUACCGUCACAUCGGGAGCUAGUGACGAUUUCAACAAAGUCACGCGAAUGGCAACUGCCAUGGUGACGAAAUGGGGAAUGUCAAAUCUCGGAUACAUCUACUAUCCCGACAGCGGCGAGACACAAGAAACACAACUUCAGAAGCCCUUCUCCGAGCAGACGGCGCAGAAUAUCGAUGCGGAAGUGAAGCGAAUCGUGAACGAAGCCUACAAACAAUGCCGACAAUUACUUGAGGAGAAGAAGCACGAGGUCGGCCUCGUGGCGGAGGAGCUUUUGAAAAAGGAAAUGAUUGACAGAGACGACAUGGUUCGUCUACUCGGCAAGCGUCCAUGGGCUGACCCUGGGGAGUUCUCCAAGUACUUUUCCGGGAGCGGCGACAACAAACCUCUUGGACCCACGCCUGGUCAGCCUUCUAGCGGGACGCCUGGUGGGAUAGGCGAUUCGGACGGCGGUAGCUCGCCUCCACCCCUCCCUGGCGCCGGACCUGCACCACCAGCUCCAGCACUGUACCAAGAGCUAGAGGAGGCCAGCAAGAAGUGGUAGAGCAAUAUAGAACCGAUUUUGGGAAAAAGACGUCCUUUUGUACAUGGCUGUAAAGAGUAGGAAAGAUGUGAGCCGGCGCAGUGGGGUUUGCAUGACUUGGGGAGUCGACGUUGAUCUAUUAGAGGCAUGUCUGUGGAGUCAGUGAGCAUAAGGUACAUGCACUGCUCGACGUUACUGUGCCAAGGGCUGCUGUAGAUUAAUCAUCAGCAAUGAACUCCGCUACUACAAAUUGAGAUUAUUCUCCACGUG